AUGAAUAUGGUGUAUUUCGAUGAUAAUCAAACACCAAAAGAUUUGAAAAAUCAUAAUCUGGACAGUGUUAGUUUACCAAAAGACGAACAGAACGAAUUCCCAAUUCAACUAAGUGAAUACUUCAGCCUAAAUCCGGAUAAUGGGCAACUAAAACCAUUCGAAAAGUUAUCAGUUACCUUAUGUCUGGCUCCUAAAUGGCAAAAGUCAAAACAAGGUUUUGUCAGUUUAAACGAAUCUCCACCAGUAAAACAAUUUUCUGUUUACCUUCGUAUACACAAAGUAGAUCUUGGUGCUUGUGAUUCUUCGAAUCAAGAGAAGUUAAUAACUUCUUCGCAAUCUUCUGUUCUAUUGGAUGAUAGAAAUAUUUUAGAAAUUGUUCUGACAGGCUGUUUAAUACCAGUACAAUUUCAAAUAUCAUCAAUCACACAAUCAAUUAAUGUAGACAAUAAAAAUCUAGAUAAAUCAACCACUGAACUGAAUACAAUUAUUAAUAAUGAAAAGGUUAAAGUUGAUAAAAUUUAUGAGAAUCAUUUUAUGAUACAAUUUCCACCAUGUUUAGUUGGUUCAAAGCAAUGUACUCAAUUAAAAUUAACAAAUCAAAGUAAACAUUUACCAAUUUGUUUUCGAAUGCCUCGAAUUGCACAUUUCAUUGUAAAACCUGAUAAAGGAAUACUUGCACCACAAAAGGAUUGCCUAGUCAGUGUUUCUUUCACUCCAAAACAAAUCGGAGAAUUUCAUGCUGUUCAAAAUGUUCACAUUCUCAAUCAUUUAAAUGGUACAAAUUCAGUUGUUAUGUAUCGAUGUAAACUACUUUUUCAUGGUUAUUCACCGGCUUUAACAAUACCACCAGAAGUAAAAUUUAAUCCAGGAAUCGUCCCUAAAUGGGCAAAUGAAAUUGGUAGAAAUACCGACCUCGUCACAUAUGGCUCAGAUUACCAAUGUCCAAGAGCUGCAAUAAUUAGUCUUAUGAGUAUGAAAAGUUUGAGAGGUCUUAAAUCACAUGUAUCACGAUCUGAAUUGAAUACUACAAUGUCCACAAAAAUCGCUUUUCCAAAUGAUAGACUUGCUAGUAUUAGACCAACGAAUAAACAUGAAGAAUUCAAAACGUUAUAUUGCCGUUUGACGAGAUACACAUAUACAGAUGAAGAUUAUGAAUGGACUGAAGAUGAGUUGAAUAAUAUAACAAAGCGACAAACAACUUAUUCUGAUGUAUAUCGAAAUCAUGCUCGAUUGAUUGAACAAAUAAAACAAGAUCGUACACUAAUGAAAUGGAACAAACCACCAAAUGAUGGUUUGGUUUUAGAUGAAUUGGAUAAGUUAUCACCAAAGUUAAAAAUUAGAAAUUACGAGGAAUUUCAACCAACUGGAAAACUGAAACCAAUCAGUCGCCAAAAGAACUGGACAAGCGACAGCCUAAAAGUGGAGAAGAGAAAGAAGCCUGAAAGAGUUCUAUCAUUGAAAAUGAUGACUAAACGAAAAGCUAGUGAUGAGUGUAAACGAAAACUUUCCGUCAGUGAUAUAAAUGAACUGUCUAUUUUUCCAAUAAAUAUUGAAUAUGGAAAUAUUUGUCCAAAUAUGGAAUCGACAAAACUUGUUACUAUUUCGAAUCCGCUAAAUCAAUGUGUUUCACUGAAACUAGAUACAAAUCUUGAAGAAUUAAAGCCAACUACCAUAAGAAAUUAUUUAAUCCAACCAAAAUCUACACUUGCGAUACCAAUUACAAUUAAAAUUGCAAAAGUGUCUAAUUUUCAGUGCAAUUUGGGUUUUACGUUGAAUGAUCAACAUAAAAGUAAUCUGGUAAUAUGUGCCACAGUGGUACCAAUUCAACUGGUUCUUACACCAUCUACUGUCGAGCUUACUUCAGCUAAUAUCUCAUAUGGUUUAAUUCGAACAAAUGGAUUGUAUGGAUAUGCUACAUUGUUCAAUCCAUUACAUGCUUCGGCAAGAUUUUAUUGGCAAGCAUUGGGCAAUCAAAAUCCGUUUACAAUAUGCCCUAAAAAAGGUGUGGUUGAGCCAUUUUCUUCAUUAAAUUGUGAAAUCACGUACUAUCCAAAUAUCAACACUACAAUGGAGGGUAAAUUCCACUUAAAACUAUUAGAUGUAAAUGACAAUCAGCCAAAAACAAUCAAUAAACUAAACGAAAAUCAUCAUAUUGCGGAAUUACUAUGUGUUGCAAAACUACUACCUAGUAAAUUAUCAUUUUCAACACGUCGAUUACCACUUGGAUCAGUUGCACACGGUUUACCCUGUACACGUCAAAUAACCAUAUUUAAUUUAGGACAAAACCCUGUUUUAUUCCAAAUUAUCAAUGAAUUUAAUGGUGCCGUAAAUCAUCACGGUAGUAUUCCAUCUUAUAUGCAUAGGUUAUCAAGAGCUUUACCAGCAAGAGUUGAAAUUCAAGUUAGUCCGGCGGAAGGUGAAAUCCCAGUUGGUGGUGAGACUAUCUUAAAGGUCACUUGUGUACCGAUUGGGCUGGGUAAAUUUGAAUCGUCUGUUACAUUAAGUACAUAUGAUGGUCAAGAUAUUAAUUUAUCCGUAUGUGGAACUGUACUUAGACCACAAAUUCAGUUAAAACCAAAUAAUUUUGAAUUUGGUGGUGUUAGAAUUGGUUCAAUGAGAUCUCUCCCAUUUGAAAUUAUCAAUAUUGGCAUCACUCGUGCAUUAGUAGAAAUACAAUUGAUGGAUUAUGAGGAAUUUCAAAUUUCUGAUAAUAUAAGAUCAUCUACAUUAGAUGAAUAUCGGCAUGGACGAAUUCAUACUAGUGAUAGAAAUAUUUCAACUAGAAAUAAAUCUUGUCAUUCUGCGUAUUCGGAAGAAUUGGAAAAUACAACUGUACAAAACACUGUUAGGAUUCCUCAUUCGUACAGUUACUUGGAAUGUGAUAAAUUCAACCGUUUGUAUCGCAUUUAUAUACCACCUCAAAGUAAAUGGGUUGGUUGCCUAGUCUAUAAGCCUAAAGAUGUAUCAUUUCAUGACUUUGUGCUCCCAUUAAUAAUCAAUAAACUUAAUCCACAACUUUUAUGUCAAACACUAAAUGACACAAAUGAUAUGAGUGUUAAUACUGACGGAGAACCAGAAAGUGAAGUUGAAACUGAUUUAAAAAUAUCUGUCCAAGAUUAUAAACCUAGAGUUAUAGCUACAGCAUUAAGACAACCUAUAACAAUUGAACCUAAAAAUGGUGUACUCAAAUUUAUUGCCACUUUGAAUGACAAAGUUUCAGAAUCAACAAAUAUUUUAUAUCAGCAUCUCAGUAUAAAACCAUUGAUCAACUUACCAAUGAAAUGGCAUUUAGACUUGCAUAAAAUUCAACGUUUCAAUAAACGUGCCCAUGGAAAAAUGACGAUACUCAAUGUUCAAGGCAAAGAGCUACUACCUGAUUUAGAUGGUUACAUAAAUGGUGAUUUCACAGAAAGUGACAAUGGGGCAAUUCACUUUGAACUUAGACUAUGUCCAAUCAAAGCAGGAUCUUUCAAGUUAGAACUACCAAUUUGUUUAACAUUUCCGGAAGAUGUGAAUUGUGAACAAAGUCCGAAAUCGAAUUCAACACUUUAUAAAACACUUCAAAUUCAUAUUGAAUUAAGAAAAUUAGAAUUGAAAUUUGAACCAGAAAGAAUAUUAAUACCACCUAUUCCAACUGGAAUACAUGUUAGAAUACCAGUAACAUUGACAGCGUAUCAAUUAAAUCAACCAAUAAAAAUACAUGGAUUUUGGAAUUUUUCACCAGCAAGUGAAGUACAGUCACCAAUGGACGAUGAAAAUAUUCAAUGUCCAUUUGAUAUCGAAUAUCCAGAAGGUCGAAUUCUAAAACCAAAAUAUAACGCAUCACUUUCUGAUACAGGAAGUUUAAAUUUAUAUGUUAAUUUUAACUGUAAAUUAAAUGGUCUUGUUCUUGCACCCAAUCCAAGACCAUUAUGCUUAAUUAUAAUUGCGAGCAUUGAUAAUUUUGAUCAUGGUGAAUUGCGUUAUUUGUCGAAGAAAAAUUCAAGAGAUAAUGUUUUAUCAUCAUAUAUCUGUUCAGCUGCUUUACCUGUUAGUGCUGCAGUUGAUAAUUCUCUAACCAGCUGGUUUGAUUAUAUAACACGUCGACCAGAUGAGUUCAAACUGACUGGUAACCAAAAUUUUAGGAGUAAACUGCAAGAAAUACAGUUGAAUCGAAAUUUAAAUAUUACUGCAUUAUAUCAUUUGUUUGAUGAAUUAACACUUUCACAGAAAGAAUACUUGAACUCAGAGGAUACAUUAUCUGAUAUCAGUUCUUCAGUAGGAAACAAAACACAUCAGAAGACAGAUAAAAGUUGUUUAAACGAUGUCAGAAAUAUACAAACAAAUAAUUAUGAUACUUUAGAAAAUCCACCUAUUCAUCAAGAUCACUUAGAAGACUUGGAAGAUAACGACCAAUUGAAAAUAUCACCGUCAACAGUGUCACCAACAACAACAGCAAAUUCUUAUGGAACUUGUUCAUUUCUACCGGAUUGGCAAUUGAUCGAUAGAUCUGCAACAGAACAAGUACAACGUUGGCUUAGUGUUCAUGGAUUUCCGAAGGGUCGUUAUCAAUUGAAAUUUCCCGAUGAUUUUCGAAAUUGCAUAUCACUGACAACUACACUAUCGAAUAAAUCAUUAAUGGGUGAAAAACAAAAAUCCAAAGCUAAAUCACAACAGAAUACAAUAAUAAUAAAAGAAUCAAGUCAAACUACUAUUAAACAUGAUGUGAACAGUAUAAAAUCGAAUAUUGACGCUAUGAAUGAAACAGUAUCAUGUAGUCUUAAUCUAUUGUAUAACUGUUUAUUACAUCUUUGCGGGAAUAAACAACCACCUGGUCUAGUGCCUACAAUUAAUCUGCCAUUAGAUAAUCCUUAUGAAGCAUUGUCAAUUGUUUACUUUUAUUGUUCGGCAUUGUUAACCUUUGCACGAAGUCAAGGUAGCUGUCUACCUCAUAUUCUACCGGAACAUUUAAUGGAACCGAAUGAUUAUCAUUUAUGGCAUAAAUAUGGAUGUCCAGGUUUAACUGAAUCUGCACGUACAGUUUAUGCAUCAUUAUCUCAAAAGAACAAUAGCAUCACUGUAACAGAUUCGAUGAAACCACAAAAUGACGGAAAUGACAGUCAAUCAGACGAUAAAUUACUUAUCAAAAUAGACUUACUUCCAUUGAGUGAAUUUGAACUAGAUCGAUUUUUAUUAAUAUCUGAAAGAGCUUGGACAGAUUUAUUCAUACAACUCAUUAAAUGUUUGGUGUUCAACCGUAUAACCAUCAGUUCGUUGGAUAUGAUUAGCUUUCCAUCAAAAGAUCUUCUAUUAUACAAAACAAAUGAAUUGAAGUCUUCAACACCAACAGUUUCAAAACAAUCUUCACCAAAAAAUGAAUCGAAUAAAUCAGAUCAAAUAGUAACACAUACAAUUCAAUUGUUAAAUCAAGUAGACAAUGUACAAGGAGCAAAGUUAACAAAUUCCAAUGAAAUUCAAGUGAACAGUUGUUAUUCAUUAUGUGAACGUAUUUUAUUGGCUUGGUUAAAUUAUUGUUAUCGUCAGUAUGCUAGUCAAAUAUGGACUGAAAAGAAAUCAUUAUUUACAAAUAAUAAUAAUAAUUUAAUUGUAACUAAUUUUGAUUAUGAUUUACGUGAUGGAAUUGUACUAGCAUGUACUAUUGGUGCCUAUGUGCCUUGUCUAAUUCCUAAUUACUUCUCCAAAAUAUACAUACAACCUAAUUCAGACGAACAAUGUUUUCAUAAUGCGAUUAUCCUGGUACAAGCUUUAAGACUAAUUCGUUUUGAAUUUGAUUUAUGCCCAUGUGAUAUAACAAGUCCACAUCCAUUUGGUAUGGCGCUAUUAUGUUUACAUUUAUUUUGUCAGUUACCGGAUUAUUUACCAAGACAAACAAUAAAUUUUUCAGGUCUUUUGAAUACGGUAACUAAACGUCAAUUAUUAUUUACCAAUACAAGUUCUCAUAUGUUAACUUAUAAUUGUGUUAUCAUUGGUCCAAAUGCAAGUGAUUUUAAUUGUUCCAUUGUUAAUACUUUGAACAAAAUGGAAAAAGAUGAAACCAAUAAAAUGAAUUCAAACAAAUUUGAAGUUAAACAAUUAAAAUAUCCAAUGAAUGAUAAUAACUUGCGGAAUAAUAAUGAUGCUAAUACUAAUGAUCAAUUAUCUAAUAAUGUGAAAGAAAUGAAAAUAAUUAUACCACAAAAAGGAAAAUUACAAAUAUGUCUUGAAUAUAAAUCACGUUUUCUUAAACUAACAGAAGCAGUAUUUUUAGCGGUUUCUCAACGUCAAAAUGGACUGCAAGGUAAAACUAUAUCAUUUAUACUUUCAGGAAUUGUUGGUGGACUUGAUACACUUCCAACUAAAAUCAUUAAUUCACCUUGUUAUCAAAAGACAGAAUUUACAAUACCAAUUAUAAAUCCAUACAAAUUGAAUGGUACAUUUAAUAUUAAAAUAAUUGAAAGUUGUAAUGAUUUAUUCAGUGCACUAUGUCAAACACAAGGUUUAAAUGUCAAGAAAAAAGAAUCAAAUUCAGAGAAUUUAUUAUUGACUGAAACAUAUUCUGUGACAGAAAGUUCCUUGGAUCAAUCAUCAUCGGAAAAUAGUCAAUUGCCGAUAGAAAUCACGAAAGAAUACUAUCAAAGAAAUCAAUAUCAAGCAUUUCAUUGUCGUGAAAACACUAUUACUCUAUGCGGAACUACCAAUGAUCAUCGGACAAAUUCACAUCUGAUCAAGCAAUCAGAUAACAAAAUGAAAUUUAAGCAAAGGCAACAGCAACAACAACAACAAACAACAGACAAUGACAAGCAAAGAACAAUCAAAGAACUAUCAAUUAUUUAUUUACCCUUAGGAUGGGGUACAAGACAAUGUUGUUUAUUAUUAUCGAAUGAAAAAAUUGGUGAAUUUGUUAUCCUAUUGAAAGGUAUUGCUCAAUUACCACAACCAAGUUUAUUACCGUUUACUGAACAAAAAGAAAGAGGAUAUCGUAUUAAAUCUGCUGUUGCAGCUGCUUCUUUCGGUCGAUCAGGUGAUCCAAAUGUUAUAUAUUUCCGAUGUCCAGUAGGCUGUGAAAUAAAAGAAACAUUAUGGUUACCAGUAAAAAAUGAUUUACGUCGGACAGCAUUGUUAAAUGCUAUUCAUAUUCGACUUCCACCAUCCGAAUUAAAACGUUGUCAAUUAGCGAAUACACUUGAAUCAGACGAGUUACUUGAGUUAGCUAAUAAAAAAUUACUGUUACCUAAUUUCGAUCGUAAUUCAUCAGAGAAGAAGUUAAGAUUUCAGAAAAGAUUACAUUUAUCUCGAAAUCUAGUAUAUAGUGUAGAAAUCGAUUCCAAUAUCAUCAAAGUCCCACCAAAAAUUCAUGUACCAAUUCCCAUGGAUUCAGAUUCUGAUGACACAUUUCCACUUCCUCUCAAAUUUUUUGCUGAUAAACCUGGUUUAACUUCAGCUAAACUGGUAAUUCAAGGUCCAGAUGAUAUUCGACUUUAUCGUAUUGAAUGUGUAGCUUUACCUGGUAAUGAGAAAAUUGUUUUAACAUUCACUUCACCAUUAAAUCAUCCCAUUACUCAACCAAUACCCAUUGUUAAUAAAACAGCAUAUGAUUGGGAACUGUCGUCACAGUUUACAGGUAAUCCCGUAUGGUUUACUGGACCACUCACUAUAAAUGUACCAUCGAAUUCAACAGUUCAAUAUUCUAUAACAUAUUUUCCUAGAAGAGAGGCUGAAAGUCAUACUGAACUUGUUCUUCGAAAUAUUACUGAUGGCAGUCAAUUAGAAUAUCGUUUGAACGGGAUUGUAUUGAAACCGCUUUCACUUGGAAAAAUUAAUCUUGAAUUUACGAUUAAUGCUUGUGAUGUAAAUGGUGAAAUAUGCAAAAUUUCAAAACACACUCAGUUACAAACCUUCACACUUAAAGUACCCAACCCAACUUCAGUAAAGCAAUGUUUUAAAUUGCAAACAAAUUUACCUAAAGGUCUUGUUGAAUGGAUACCAAGCAAUCAGAAAUAUACGGAUCGUAUUGAAGUUUUAUCUGGUCGUACCGAUGAAUGUAAAUUUCAAGUUACUGCGUCAAAGCGAGGAUCCUUUCACGGCGUUAUAGUUUUCGUUGCAGAUACUCUCAGUAAUAAUUCAGAUAGUGAUGGUGAAAAUGAUAAAGAAACAUCAUCAACAUUUAUGAAUAAUCAAACAAAUGAAACAUCAAAAACAAUAAAUGAAUUAGAUGUAAAUUCUAAUCAAAUUUAUCGACUUUGGUAUGAAGUAGAAAUUCAGAUUAAACCAGGUCCACCUAUUAAACAAAUCGAAAUCAUCUGUCCAUGUCUUAGUUCUAAAACAGUUGAAUUACCAUUUACUAUACAAUCAGAAAUGUUUAAAAAUAAACAAACCAUUGAAUUUGAUGUAAUAAUUGAAGAUAAAUGUUUGAUAGGUCCAAAAACACAUUGUGUAAAUACUAUUGACAGUUCUGGUAAAAUUUCAUCCGUUUAUCAAUUGAAUUGUAUUCCAUCUAUUAUUGGAACUAGUCAUUCAGUUAUAAUUUUUAACAAUCCAAUGUGUGGUGAAUUUUGGAUUGAACUAAUCAUCAAAGCUAUCAAACCAGAAGUUGUCAACAUACCAAUGAUAGAAGCUGAAUUAGGAAGUUCGAAAAUCACUAAAAUAUUAUUAGAUAAUCCCACAGAAGAAAUGUACAUUUUAAAACCAAAAAUAUUUAAUUCAGAUGUUUUCAAGCUACACUUAUCCACAUCAGCUAAACAACUGGCCCGUUUAUCACCAUCAAUAACUACAGAAUCAGGUGAACAACAUCAUUCACAUUUAUUAAUGUCAACAUUAUGUCAUUAUACUGAUAAUGAUCUAUUAGAUGUGGAUGAAAUAGAAAGUAAUUCAUCAGGUAUGUUAUUGACAAAUCGAAGUAGCAGUUUACAUACUACAGAAGGAAUAAUAAAAUUAAAACCAAAAUGUAAAUUAUACCUUGGAUUGAAAUUUACUCCGUGUGCUAUUGGUGAAGAGGAACAUCAAGGAUCGAUUGUAUUUUAUUCAAAUAAACUAACAGAAUGGUGUUUUAAUUUGCAUGGUAAUGGUAUAGCACCACAACCAAGAGAUCCUAUUAGUGUAUCAGUUAUGAUUGGUUCAGCUACCACAUUAAUUGUACCAAUUACAAAUCCAUUCAAACAUGAUGUGGUAUUGGAUAUAAAUUUAUGUGAAACAACUUUAUCUGGUCUAUUGAAACAUUUAGAAGAUACACGUAAUACUAUACUUGACAGUCGAACAGACAAGAAGUCAAACAACUUGAAUUCACUUAAUAAUUGUAACAAUAAGAAUAAAGAAUUCAAUGAUCAUUUAAUGAAAACAAAUGAAUGCAAUUGUGAUGAAAAUAAUCAACCGUAUAGUAAAAGUUUAUCAAUGAAUCCAGUCAAUGCAAAUAUUUAUUCAGCUUUUCAACUUUUAAUAAAAGAGAAGAGAAAUAUACGCUUAUCAAGUAAAACAGUUUUUGAUAUACCUAUAUCGUUUGCACCACUUGAAAUGCGAGAAUAUGAAGCACUUUGCACAGUUAUUAUGCGUCAGUCAGAUUCCGAAAAAUGCAAAUCAUAUAAUUCAGCAACUUCAUCUUCAGCUUCAUCUAUACGUUGGUUAAUCCCAAUUAAAGGUAUUCCUGAAAUGAAAUCAUUGUCAUAUCCAUCUUCUAAUGAAUUUCAUUUACCAUAUAAUGUUUAUCAAACUAACAAAAACACAUCAAUAAUGAUCAGUGGAACUGUACGAUCGAAAUCAUAUUUUAUUAUAACUUUACGGCUAUUAAAUGUAUUUGCCAAUAUCGAUCCUAAUUUAACAGAACGUGAAAAUAUGAAAGAUAUUGAAAUUCGUGUUGUACAAUCUGAAGAAGAUAAAAAACUAUUUCAUGAACAAAUGUUCAGUAGUGAUGAAACUACUGAAUCUAUUUUAUUUAAUCAAUCUACACUAUGGGAUAAAAUUCAAAAGAGUAAUUUUGAAUGGACAUUGAAACCAAUUAUAAAGAAAGAAGAUGAAAAAUUAGCUAAAUUAAUUGAUUUAGAGAAAGUUUUAACAAGAUCAUUAACUAUGAAAUUAUUUCAAGUUAAAAAACAUGAUGAUUUAGAUAUGAUUGAAAUUGAUUUAGGCGUGAUAUUUUCACCGACACUUACAUUCAAAUGCAGCGCAGAUCUGAUGAUACGAACGUGUCUCGGUGCAAUUUGGAAAUUUGGAUUAAUUUUCAAAUCAAAAGAUCCUCCAGUCGAUGAUGUAAUUUAUAUUCCACACAACGGUAUUGGUCGUUCAGUUAAAGUUCAAUUAGAUUUAACCAGUCAAACCAAUGAACCAGUGAAAUUCAUUGCAAGUAUAUAUCCUGCAAAUCAAACAGAGUAUAAGAUUGAACCUAAAGAAGGAAUUUUACCACCACUGAAUAAAGAUGCUCAAAUGAAAUUAAGAAAUUCACCUCUAAUAAUAACAUUCAAACCGAAUUCAUACGGCAAACCAAUAAUUGCUCAAUUAAUCAUACAAAGAAAAUAG